UUCCAUCGUCAGUCAGUGCAGAACCGUGGAAUGUUGCGCACGUAGUUUAGUUGAAGUUCCAUUCUUCUUGCCUACAUUUGCCUAUAUAGCAGGUGUAUAUAGUCCCGCUAUGAUUGAGAAACCUGCUUAAAUUUCUAUCACUGUUCCUAUAAUCUAAAUUUGUGAUCCUCUCAAAUCCUAAUUCCUAAAUCCUUUUGUGUUAAUUCUAGUGUUAAUGUGACUUAUAAAAAUAUUUUGUGUGAUUUCUUUUUGGGCAACAGAGAUUGGCAAAAAUUUUUGAAGGCAGAAGAAGUCCCAGAAGAAGAAGAAAAAAUGGUCUGCUUAUGUCUUCCUGUACUCUUGCUCAUUCUAUACAUUAUCUGGGAUGUGAAUUACUUCAUACGAGUCAUUUUCACCGUUGGCUUAGGCCGUUUGCUGCAGAAGAAAGUCAAAAUCACCGACAAGACCACCAUAUACGGUUUCUGUACGACUCAAGAUGUUGACAUCUUCAUCAGGCACAUGAACAAUGCUAGAUACCUGAGAGAAUUGGAUUUUGCUAGAUUUCACUAUUAUGGCCUCACUGGACUCUAUGAGGAAGUUAAGAAAACUGGUGGUGGUGCUGUUCAAGGAGCCUCAAAUAUUCGCUAUCGCCGAACCAUACCCAUCUUCAAUGCUUACAAAGUAGAAACGAAGCUCAUUUGGUGGGACGAAAAAGCAAUCUACCUAGAGCAGAAAUUCGUCACAGUCUCAGAUGGAUUUGUUCGUGCUAUUGCCAUUUCCAAGCAGUGCAUCACAAAAGUGAAUGUCCUCGAAUUAAUUGCAAAAUUCCCUGGUGGAGAAAAUCGUCCAGAAUGUCCCGAAGAACUACGUCUCUGGCUCGAAGCCUCAGAGAUCUCCAGUCAAAAACUCCGCGGGAACAAGGAUGAUUGAUAAAGUGCUUCGAAGUUGUUUUUUUACAAAAGAGGAAAAAAAUUACAAAAAAAAAUAUUGUUGACCAAAAAAUUCAGUAAAAUCAAUAAAAACUAUAAAAAUUGUUAAAAAAAAAAA